ACGAACUUCUUACCGCAAUUACCAUAACACCCCCAACCUUCCUCCUCAGUUCAUUCGGUUGGCAUUCAUCAUUCUUCUUCGGUUUGAAUCCUCUUUAUCUCAGAUCGGCAUCCCUCAAUUACCCAUCGGCCCGGACGAUUCUACGGCUGACAUCGACGCCAACGACCAUAGGUUCACUAAUCUGUGCCGUUUGAAUUGGGACAACUCGGUUCCUCACACGGUUAUUCAUGGCAAGGGAAGAGGGCGGCCCUACGAGUCAGGGGGACCGUCGGGGUGAUGAUAUGACAGCCUUGUUGAUUUUGCUGGAGGAAAUAAUAAGCAAUUUUCAAAUAAACUUGCUGCUUAUAUCUUUCAUACUAAUGCUCAUUAGCCCUGAAACCCGAAAGCGCAAACGAUGGGACAGACUUGGCCCCACGCGGAUGCUCGAUUCAAUUCCAGCUCAUGUGAAGCAGCUGGAUAGGUUUGUGCGGGUCACAGAUCGUUCAUGUAUAGAUAAUUUAAGGAUGGACAGAAACACAUUCGGCCGUCUAUGUCGUAUUCUCCGUGAUCGUGUUGGUUUAAUUGACAAGAAAUUCGUGACUUUAGAAGAACAAGUUGCCAUGUUCUUAUGUGUUUUAUCACACCAUAAGAAAUCUCGUAUAGUUGGUUAUGAUUUCAUGCGGUCCUCCCAAACUGUGUCCAGAUACAUACAUACUGUGCUUCGUGGUGUGCUUACGCUUCACAGUCUGUUUUUGGUGAAGCCCAAACCUAUAGACGAUCAAUGUUUGGAUCGGCGAUGGAAUUGGUUUAAGGGGUGUCUAGGAGCAUUAGAUGGAACGUAUAUUAAUGUACGAGUGCCUAUUGCCGAUGCCCCCCGUUAUCGAAAUCGGAAGGGUCAAAUCACAACAAACACACUAGCCGUGUGUGAUCCACAGCUUCAGUUCAUUUACGUCCUAUCUGGUUGGGAAGGAUCUGCAGGCGAUUCAAGGAUUUUACGAGAUGCAAUAAGUAGCCCACUCGGUCUCAAAGUGCCUAAAGGUUGCUACUACCUUUGUGACAAUGCAUAUGCAAAUGCUGAAGGCUUUGUGACACCAUAUAAAGGAGUUCGUUAUCAUCUGAAGGAAUGGGGCCCAGGUAGACAAGCACCCCAGACACCGGAAGAGCUGUUCAAUUUAAGACACACAAAGGCCAGGAAUGUCAUUGAACGAUCUUUUGCUGUUCUGAAGAUGCGUUGGGGUAUUCUAAGAUCUGCAAGUUUCUACCCGAUCGAGGUGCAGUCUGGGCUUAUUAUCGCGUGUUUCUUGUUACACAAUUUCAUACGAAGUCAACUGGCGGUUAAUCCAGUUGAGGCGGAAUUGGAUAAAGAAGCCGAAGAUGCGGAUGAAAAUAAGAACGAAUAUGUGGAUGGUGAUCAUAUUAGUAGCGUUGAACCUUCAGCAUCAUGGAACAACAAAAGAGAUGAUCUUGCAAGAGAAAUGUGGGCCGAGAGAAACAAUAGGUAACCGUGGGCGAUCGGGAUGUAUUUGUAUGAGUCCUGCUUGGUGCACCAAGACAAUUUUGUAAUUUCCUUUCUUCUACACUACAUUCGGGUUUUGGUAUGUUGUGUUGAAUGCUUUAUUUGAACCUCAUUUUUAUUUGAUUAUUAGGUGUUUUAUAA